GGGGGGAGGGUCGGGUGCCCGCGAGCGCGGCGUGCGGGUUCCGAGUGGCUGCAGCCGGCCUCGGCUGCGGGGGCCGACGCCUGGGUGGCUGCGGCCGCUGCGCCUGCUGCGAGAUGGCGAUUUUGGGCGCGGAAGGGUGAGGGCGCCCGACGCAGGAGGUGGCGCCGCUGCGGUGGCCGCCCGGCCGCCGGGAGCCGACGGCUUCGCGCGGGGGUUGUCUCUUCACCAGACUAUGAGCUCCUUGAAAGAAGGAAUCGUGUCUUACUCAUCUUUCUACCCCCAGUGUCUAGCACAGUUCCUGAUACAUAAUGCUCUUCUGCUUAUUGUUCCACACCAAGAUAGUUUUUGGACUGGACUGGGAGGUGCCAGCAGGAGUCAUAUUCCUUGGGAGUAAUCUGAAGCUUCAGAUUCAGUUUGGGUCUUUGGAAGGGACCUCUAUUAUCACACCUGUAUCAGCCCAAGAGGACCAGUCUUUGGAGUUCCACAACUGAUGUCCAUUCUGUGACUUAAGCUGAAUUUUGGGACAUGGCCACUGCUUCACCAAGGUCUGAUACUAGUAGUGAUAACCACAGUGGAAGGUCACAGUUACGGAUAACUGUUUCUAGUGCCAAACUAAAAAGAAAAAAGAACUGGUUUGGAACGGCAAUAUAUACAGAAAUAACUGUAGAUGGAGAAAUUAAAAAAACAGCAAAAUCCAAUAGUUCUUCUAAUCCAAAAUGGGAUGAACAGCUAAUCGUUAAUGUGACCCCACAGACUACAUUGGAAUUUCGAGUUUGGAGUCAUCACACUUUAAAAGCAGAUGCAUUGUUAGGAAGAGCAAUGGUAGAUUUGAAGCAAGCUCUGUUGACGCACAAUAGAAAAUUGGAAAAAGUGAAAGAACAAUUAAAACUUUCCUUGGAAAACAAGAAUGGCAUAGUCCAAACUGGUGAAUUGACUGUUGUGCUUGAUGGAUGGGUGACUGAGCAAGAAAAUCUAACAAAUUGCAACUCAUCUUCAGCCAUAGAAAUUCAGCAAAAUGGUGAUGCCUUCCAUGAAAACGGAGACCCUUCAGCGAGGACAGCCACCAGGUUGGCUAUUGAAGGUACAAAUGGAAUAGAUAAUCAUGUGUCUACAAACACUGUCGUUCCAAACCCAUGCUGUUUGUAUGUAGUUAAUGAAGACAACACACCUUCCUCCCCGUCUCAGGUUGCUGCCAGACCCAAAAAUACACCAGCUCCAAAACCACUUACAUCUGAGCCUAUCAACGACACUGUUAAUGGAGAAUCAUCCUCAUCUGCACUAACUAAUAAUGCUUGUGCCAUGAAUACUCCAGUACCAUCUGAAGAAACCACUUUGUCUUCAAACUGCACUGUUGAAGAUCCUCCUACUCAAGAGUUACUGGCUUCCUCAGAACACAAUGAAUGCUUUCUUUCUGCCAGUGCAGAAUCGGGAUCUGAAGCUCAAAGUCUAAUGGACCCUGACUCUUCUAAUUCUGGUAAUAGUUCUGCUUUUGACAAACUAAGGCAGCCAGAUGGGUGUGUGGAACCUCUUCGGCAGCAGUCUGGAAAUGCAAACACAGAAUCUUUACCAUCAGGGUGGGAACAGAGAAAAGAUCCUCAUGGUAGAACCUAUUACGUGGAUCAUAAUACUAGAACUACCACAUGGGAGAGACCACAACCUUUACCUCCGGGUUGGGAAAGAAGAGUUGAUGAUCGUGGAAGAGUUUAUUAUGUGGAUCAUAACACCAGAACAACGACAUGGCAGCGGCCUACCAUGGAAUCUGUUCGAAAUUUUGAACAGUGGCAAUCUCAGCGGAACCAAUUGCAGGGAGCUAUGCAACAGUUUAACCAACGAUACCUCUAUUCGGCUUCAAUGUUAGCUGCAGAAAAUGACCCAUAUGGACCUUUACCACCAGGCUGGGAAAAAAGAGUGGAUUCAACAGACAGGGUUUACUUUGUGAAUCAUAACACAAAAACAACCCAAUGGGAAGAUCCAAGAACUCAAGGCUUACAGAAUGAAGAACCUCUACCAGAAGGCUGGGAAAUUAGGUAUACUCGGGAAGGUGUUAGAUAUUUUGUUGAUCAUAAUACAAGAACAACAACAUUCAAAGAUCCUCGUAAUGGGAAGUCAUCUGUAACUAAAGGUGGUCCACAAAUUGCUUAUGAACGCAGCUUUAGGUGGAAACUUGCUCACUUCCGUUAUUUGUGCCAGUCUAAUGCACUACCCAGUCAUGUAAAGAUCAAUGUGUCCCGGCAGACAUUAUUUGAAGAUUCCUUCCAACAGAUUAUGGCAUUAAAACCAUAUGACUUGAGGAGGCGAUUAUAUGUAAUAUUCAGAGGAGAAGAAGGACUUGAUUAUGGUGGCUUGGCAAGAGAAUGGUUUUUCUUGCUUUCACACGAAGUUUUGAAUCCAAUGUAUUGCUUAUUUGAGUAUGCGGGCAAGAACAACUAUUGUCUACAGAUCAAUCCAGCAUCAACCAUAAAUCCAGACCAUCUGUCAUACUUCUGUUUCAUUGGUCGCUUUAUUGCGAUGGCACUAUUUCAUGGAAAGUUUAUUGAUACUGGUUUCUCUUUACCAUUCUACAAGCGUAUGCUAAGUAAAAAACUUACAAUUAAGGAUUUGGAAUCUAUUGAUACUGAAUUUUAUAACUCCCUUAUCUGGAUAAGAGACAACAACAUUGAAGAAUGUGGUUUAGAAAUGUACUUUUCUGUUGACAUGGAGAUUUUGGGGAAAGUUACUUCACAUGACCUGAAGUUGGGAGGUUCCAACAUCCUGGUGACUGAGGAGAACAAAGAUGAAUAUAUUGGUUUAAUGACAGAAUGGCGUUUUUCUCGAGGAGUACAAGAACAGACCAAAGCUUUCCUUGAUGGUUUUAAUGAAGUUGUUCCCCUUCAGUGGCUACAAUACUUUGACGAAAAAGAAUUGGAGGUUAUGUUGUGUGGCAUGCAGGAGGUCGACUUGGCAGACUGGCAGAGAAAUACAGUUUAUCGACAUUAUACAAGAAAUAGCAAGCAAAUUAUUUGGUUUUGGCAGUUUGUGAAAGAGACAGACAAUGAAGUAAGAAUGCGACUAUUGCAGUUUGUCACUGGAACCUGCCGCUUACCUCUAGGAGGAUUUGCUGAGCUCAUGGGAAGUAAUGGGCCUCAAAAGUUUUGUAUUGAAAAAGUUGGCAAAGACACCUGGUUACCAAGAAGUCAUACAUGUUUUAAUCGCUUGGAUCUACCACCAUAUAAGAGUUAUGAACAACUAAAGGAAAAACUACUUUUUGCAAUAGAAGAGACAGAGGGAUUUGGACAAGAAUGAAUGUGGCUUCUUGUGUUGGAGGAGCUCUUGCAUUUAAAUACCCCAGCCAAGAAAAAUUGCACAGAUAGUGUACAUAAACCGUUCAUUCUGUACAGUGAAUUUUCUGAACCUCUCAAAGUAUAAAUGUUUUCCGUUCUUCCACAGAAAUAUGCAAAAACAGUUCAUCAUUUUCUACUUUAUUUAUUGUUCCCUUAAAAUGACUGACCAGUUAAAUUUUGAAGCAAGCAAAAGACUUUAUUAAAAAUAAGUAUAUAUCUAUAUAAGCAUAUAUGAUAAUGGCUCUAGUUUUAUAGAGCUCCAAGUGUAUUAAACAUGACAGCCAUUCAUUCAUAUAGAUCUGACCUUGCUUUACCUUGUUUCUGUUAUUCAGGGGAAAAGUACAAAUUGCUUCAUGUUCUUCUCCCUUAAGUAACAUCUCUUGAGGGUGUUUAGUUGCAUGGCUGUUCAGGAAGGUAUUAAGGGCUUAGGCCAAAUCUUAGAGUAUGUUAAAAACAAAAAAUGCUGCUGGCUUUUCUAAAGACAGGUGCUUGAACCUGUCAGUGUGUUUUAAAUGAACAUAAUAGUUGAAAA